AUGAGCAUAAUCCCAAAGUCAGUCUUUUAUGUGUUAACCUUUGCAAUUGUUUCCUUAGGCCAUGGAUCUGUUUUGAAUGAAGAUGGUGAAGUUGAGAUGGAUGCUAUUAUGGAUGGCAAAGAUUUAUCCUCGAGAGCUGUCUCUGCGGUCACAUGUAUUGCCCAUCCUCUAAUUCCUUUUCACUCUCUAUUUUCGAAGACUGAUCACCUGCUUUUAACUUGUAAAGGGACAUUGCUGUUUGCUAAGUCGCAAGGCAUCCCAGAAAUUCCUGGUGAAAAACCCACCACUGAGCGCUCAAGAGAAAGAUGGAAGAAAGAUCUAAAAUCUGGUUCAAUUCCAAAGUCAGUUGUAAGAGGUACAGGGACUGUUGGGGCUGUGGCUGUUGACAGCCAAGGAAAUGUGGCUUGUGCGACCUCUACUGGUGGAAUCAGUAAUAAAAUGGUUGGACGUGUUGGAGAUACACCAUGUAUAGGUAGCGGGGGCUUUGCAGAUAACAAUGUUGGUGCAGUUUCUACUAUAGGAGAUGGGAAAGCAUUAUGA